GAAAAGAUAAUCUGCCACGCGGUGUUAAGAUUAAAUGGGAUACUCACAGGUUACUUAAGUAUUUACAAUGCAAUAAUGGAUUGUGCACAUCACAAUUUACAAAUACAAAAGAAUCAGUACAUCCACGACAUUGUAAAGGCCGUCGACUGCAGAAUAAAAGAAAUAAAGAACGAAUUAAACAAAUUGGAAGGGAGUAACUAUAGAUUUCCACACAACGGCUUACAAGACUUCGCUCUGACACCUUGCAAUAUUGAGCUAGUUCAUAUACCUGAAAAGGCCGAGGUAUCAGAAGAGGUAAAAAUCUUGAUCGAAGAAACUAAGCAAAAGAUAAUUGAGGAAAUGGAGAGGAAAGCAAAAGAAGAAGCAGAAGAAGAAGCCGGAGAAGAAAUUACACAGUGGUGGGAUAACGAUAAUGCCACAGACAGUGAAGAUAAAACACAAAUUUACGAAGUGGAACAGAAAGAGUCAGAUGAAACAUUAGAGAGAAGACACCUACUGUCAAUGAUUGCGGCACAGGAGAAGGCAAGACAAGUAACCCGGCAGGUGAAACUCCGACGCUUAAAAAGGCAGAUGUGGGAAAAAGAGUUAAAAGGAGAAACCAAUACGCCAGCGACAUUGGAAACAAGAGCAAGGGCAGCGAAUAUGAUACAAAAGUACUGCAGAAAGUAUUUUGAGCUAAAAAGAAAGAAAGUAGCAGAUUGUAAACGCGAUGAGUUAUUAGGCCUAAGAAUCUGCAAAAAACGAGAAAAAACAGCAAUGGAGCAUAGUCUACAAGUAAGCGCAAAACGAAUGAAAUUGCGAGCACAGUAUGAAAUUGAAUAUAAAGAAGACUGUGAAAAAAUUAAAAACGCCUUCGAAAAGAAAAGGGGACGUGAAAUUGUUGAGGAUUAUCGAGAUGAAAUUAGAGAUUGGUUUCGACAAUGGUAUAAAAAAAUGAAUUUUUUCUAUGACAUACCGAAAGACAACCAGGGUGGAUCAACUUUGAUUCUAAAUGGAACGGUUCCCACUCCUGAGGAGUAUAACACUUUUUAUCAAACUGUUGUGGAUAAAAGGAAGAAAAACAAAGAUAAAUCUGCGAGUGAACUAAAAAAUGAAAAGAAGCAGGCAAAAAUCGAAGCCAUUAUGAAGAAAAAGGAAGCAGCCAUGAAGAAGAAGUUUGAAGAAAAGUUUUUGAAGAAAACUAUGAAGAAUCCAUCGACUCACCCUGGUUACAUGUUUCCAAAGUCAGAAAGAAUAGAAAAUGUGCUAUCGUCAAUUGAAGAGUACCAUAAAAGAUGGGAUGAUCUAGACGAAUUAAAUACUAUGGAUGUAAAAGAAAAAUACGUCAAAUUCAUCGAAGAAGAAAAAGCAUUUACAGAAGUGAAAAUGGAAUUAAGGCCAACAGUAGAUGAUGUAAUGAGAAAAGAACUUAAAAAGUUAAAAGAUGCGAUGGAAAGAGAUUAUGAAUAUAUGGAAAAAGAAUUACCUGAAGUUAUGAUAGCAGAAUUUCCAAGAAUAACUCGUAAGAAAAAAAAGGUGAAGAAAGAAAAAAAGCUUAUGGAUAUCGGAGAUGCUAUGAAGCAUUUAAUCGUUAAAGAAAUAAUAAAAGAGUAUCCUCGUACUACUUUCGAUGAUUUCAAAGGUGAAGCAAAUGUUAUUGGUGAUGAUAUUCGAUGCAAUUUGCAACAAGCAGUUCCGCAUGCGGCUGAAAUAAAAGCAAUUUGGUGGGAACAAUGCAGUGAAUUGAUACGUGGUUUGAAUAAAAUACUUUUAAUCGGUCCUCUAGGAAGUGGAAAGACUACGCUUGUCCAUAUAAUGGCUACCAUAAACGAUGCAACACUUUUUGAAGUUGAUCUCAAAGAGUAUGCAGACGAAGAAUUAACCGCUGUCGUGGCGAAAACAGCGGAUGCCUUAGCAACAUGUGCAAGAGCAUCUCAACCGUGCGUCAUCUAUUUUAAACAUAUUCAACGACUAUUUUAUGGUAAGAAAAAAAUGCCACCGAAUGAAGCCAAGCUAAACGAUUCACUACUCCGAAAACACCUAAUAAAGAAGUUGUUUAAGCAGUUUCAGAAACAUGACAAAGUGACUAUUGUAGGAGGAUGUGCUGAUCCUUGGCUGACCCAAAGCGGAGCGUUGCUGAAAAGUUUCCCAAAUGUCAUCCUGACGCCGAAUACACAUUACUCGACGACCUUCGAAAUACUUAGAGAAUGGGUUUUGAGCAAUCGAAUGGUACCCCCUGACCUGGAUAUUGACACAUUGGCCUAUACAUUACAAGGAUAUAGCUACGAAUACUUAAAGGAGUCUUUGAAGAGUUUCUUAACCGCUGAACGUAUUGUUAGAAUGGCAGCUAAAGGUUUAACCACACAAGAAGUCUUCGAUCACGUAAUAGAUGACCCCACGGAACAAAAAACGGACUAUGAAAAGUACCUUAAUUGGUAUACAGACAAAACUCAAUGGGGUAAAAUCGAAAAGAAACACAUAAAAGAGCAAUUGGAAUAUCAAGAACUGGCGAAGAAGUAUGAAGAACAAGCAAAGAAAAACAAGAAGAAAGGCCUCGGUAGUGAAGCUGGUAGUGUUGCUAGUACAAUUGCUUAAUAAAUCUAUUCUACAGUGGC